CUCACAGCAGAGCAAAGACACGCGAAACGCGACCUAAAGUGGAUUUAAACAAUGACUUUUGAAGAACUCAGUGGACAAGACAACACAGCUACUACUGGCGAUAGAAUGCAGACUGCCGGAACAGCACUAGAGGAGCUCCUGGUCUCCGCUAAAAAACAGGACUGUCUUACUGUCGGUGUAUAUGAAUCUGCACAAGUCAUGAAUGUUGACCCAGACAGCGUGGCAUUCUGCGUUCUGGCUACGGAUGAGGAGUAUGAAUAUGACAUCGCCUUGCAGAUCCACUUCACCCUCAUCCAAGCCUUCUGCUUCGACAACGACAUCAACAUCGUUCGUGUGAACGACAUUGAACGUCUUGCUGACAUCGUGGGCUGCGAUCAAGACGAGGAGCCUAAAGACGCACACUGCAUACUUGUAACGCGCCCCAAUGAUGAUUCUUGGAAAGAUUCUGCUCUGGACAAACUGGGCUUGUUUUGUGAGGAAAGCCGUAAUGUCUACGAAUGGGUGCCUAGUAUUACUCUGCCUGAGCGCUGAUGGGACUUUGGCAUGUUCAACAUGAAUGAAACAUGUCGAAGAUGUCCAUCCUAAAGGGUAUACCGGUGCAAAGCUAAAAAAGCUUUGAGAUGUUGUCUGGAUUAUCCUUACAAGUGGACUGACCCAGCGUACGGUUGGCCGUCCUGGAAAAGCUGAGGUUCAGAAUCUUUUUUUUGGACGAGCAUGGAAAAGUCAAGGCUCCUGUGCCACUCAAGUCUAUUGUGGUGGUCUCGUGGAGACAAUGGAGGAGACAAAAGGACAGUUGGAUUGUGAGAGCACGUUUAUGAGAGAUUGUCAGAGGUGAAGAAUCUGAGUUCUUGAGGAAAGAGAAGAUGUGGAUUUUACUUAAGUGACAUUAUGAAGAACUUAUCUUUUUGAAGGCACUUGGGAUGUUGUCUGAAAAAUAUAACAUGGACAUUAAUGUAACUUGAUGAUGGAUUUUCCUAUAUGGUGGUAUUAUGAAGUUGUGCUUUGUGUAUAUUCAAAAUGCAAUGUCAAACUGUGGUGAAGAAGCCACUGUCUUUUUUAAUUUCUGAAUAAAACACCUUAAAAUCAAA